UGUCUAUUGGCCAAUCAGGAGUCCACAUCCCAAACAGCUCCCUGUACCUGUAGUGUGGUUUAGAAAGCAGCUAGUUAGCUAGCUAAUAUACUGGCAGAAAGCUAAAAACACAACACUUUAUUUUGACUAGGUGCUCCUGAACAUCACCCGGGUAACCAGCUCACACCACAGCCGCAAGCUGUACCAUGGUCGGUGUUAAAGUGAUCGGGAGCGACCCGGACUUCCAGCCGGAGUUAGCGGCCUCCGGCUCCAGGCUUGCCGUGGUGAAGUUUACAAUGGCUGGGUGUCGGCCCUGUGUCAGAAUAGCUCCGGCUUUCAACAUGUUGAGUAACAAGUACCCACAGGUCGUCUUCCUUGAAGUAGAUGUUCAUGUCUGUCAGGCGACAGCGGCAGCCAACAACAUCUCAGCCACACCAACGUUCUUGUUCUUCAGGAACCGGGUCCGGGUGGAUCAGUAUCAGGGGGCAGACUCCGCCGGUCUGGAGGAGAAAAUCAAACAGCACACAGAGAAUGACCCGGGAAACAGCGAGGACUCCGACAUUCCAAAGGGAUACAUGGACCUCAUGCCUUUUGUCAGCAAAGCCGGCUGCGAAUGCCUCAAUGAGAGCGAUGACUGCGGCUUCGAUAACUGCUUAAUCAAAGACUCCACCUACAUGGAGUCUGACUGCGAUGAACAGUUGCUGAUAACUAUUGCCUUCAACCAGCCUGUGAAGCUCUUCUCUAUGAAGCUACUAUCCUCAGAUUUUGCCCAAGCCCCUAAGGUGGUGAAGCUGUUCAUUAAUCUCCCUCGGUCGAUGGGUUUCGACGACGCCGAGCGAUGCGAAGCCACUCAGACUCUGGAGUUGUCGGAAGAAGACUACAAGGAGGACGGUUUGAUUCCUCUGCGCUAUGUCAAGUUCCAGAAUGUACAGAGUGUUACGUUGUUUGUCAAGUCAAACCAAGGAGAUGAGGAAACGACAAAAAUCAACUACCUGACAUUCAUAGGCACUCCAGUACAGGCCACCAACAUGAGCGACUUCAAGAGGGUUGUGGGAAAGAAAGGAGAGAGUCACUGAGCAGGUGAACCAAGGCGAGGAUGAGAAGAAGAAGAAGAGGAAGAGGAGGCUGCAGAUACAUCCAAGGACUGUCCCUCUGCCAAAGCUGCCACACUCUGCUGUGCCACACAAAAAACACACAGCCUUCAGCGGACCUCCUCAAGCUCUAAAUGAAUUCUCCGUCUGUGGAGACUAUAAAUCAUUUGUAUUGUAAUUCUGAUGAAAAUCACUGUAAAUAAAACACAAUCCUUUUUCAAGGGAA